AUGGAAUCUCCCGGGUACUUCUCUCAACCCAUCACCGCCAUCGACGAAAGCGCCACCAUCAACCAACUUAUCAAACAAACCAAAAAUCAGCAACCCACAACGCCUCGACGAAAUUUUUCAAACCCCCGCCCCAGGUAUCCAAUCUCGGAAAAGCACCUAGCCAUCGGCGUCAUCGUCUUCCUUCAACAAAAAUUCGCAUGUCAAAAGAAUUGUUCUUGCGUACUUCCUGACUGCCAGCGCCCCCAGCUCGACGCGAAAGGAUACAACCAUCCUGCCGUGGUUCUCGACAUUCGGGAUAACCGUUCCAAUGGAGGAGAACUCACAGCGUUGUGCUGCACUAUCUCAGCAAACCCACAACCGAACCCAGAAGAAAGGGCCAGCAACUUCACCAUUACCCAUAUCCCAAAAGGAAAAGGGGAAUCACCAACCACCGCCCCAAACGGAGCAACCGUUCUUUACCUCGAACCUGAGAGCACCAUGUACAAAAAAUCACACGUCUACGACUCUCACGUCUACGCCAUUCCGGUCUCGCAGCUCAUCAAUUUCGGCAAUCCACUUCAAAACCGCCUUACCAAGGAGAGUUACAAAGCUUUGGUCGCCAACUUCAAGCCUAUCGUCCCUCGAAAGUGGAUCAAAACCGCCAAACUCACUGCAGGAGAAAGUUGCUCAGCAGCUCUUUCAUCAUGUCUCCUAAUACCAGCUCCUGCACCUGUUCCAGCACCUGUUCCAGCACCUCUCCCAGCAGCACUCCCAGUCGAGCUCCAGAAAACCAUCGAUGCCCUACUCCAGUAUCUCACGAAAGAACAAGUCCUCGAAGCAGUCCCUGAGAUGACCGAAGUGUAUCCACAGCUGCUCCAGGUCCUCGCCUGA